AUGAGCGGCGGUGAUUCACCAACACAGCUUGAGAGUAUUUCUCACUUAACUCAGCAAGUGGGGAACGAUGAGCCAUCUAAUAAACCAUCACUCAAAGAGCGGGUCAAAUCGACUCAGAAGUCUCUUGAGACAAAUACUGAAACUGUACACGUUAAAGACUUUCAAGGUCGCAGCUACGAUGUGGCACUUAAUCUGGAAGCGAAUGACACUUCGGACUACCAAAAUGACAAGCAGCUCAUCAUCAAUCCUCCCAAGACGAGAAAUGAACCACAGGCCCUUUUUAGAGGUGACAACGUUGUUCCCAAACGCCUCAAGGCGAUACGCGAUCAAAACAAAGACGAUAAGGGCCGUACAAUUGUUUUGUGUUUGGAUGGCACUGGCGAUCAAUUUGACGAUGACAACUCCAACGUCAUACGCUUCUUUAGGAGUAUGGUGAAAGAUGAGCCCGAGAAGCAGGUCGUGUACUAUCAAAGUGGGUUAGGAACGUACUCAACUACCAAGCGCGCCAAUUUUGUGGCCAACAAGCUUAGUGAUAUCAGCGACAUGGCUGUGGGUAGCGGUCUGGGGCAUCAUGUCAGGCAGGCAUAUACGUACCUGAUGGAGAAUUAUAGAAUUGGUGACAAAAUUUGCAUGAUUGGUUUCUCGAGAGGUGCAUAUACUUGCCGUUGCUUGGCUGGUAUGCUGCUGAAAGUGGGAUUGCUUCCAAAAGGAAAUUUACAACAGGUACAGUUCGCAUACGACAUGUACAAAGACAACAGCAAACGUGGUUUCGAUCAAUCUAAGCUCUUCAAAUCCACCUUUGGGAUAAAUGUGGAUAUACAGUGGAUCGGAGUAUGGGAUUCUGUAUCUUCCGUUGGAUUCUACCCAAGAGAGCUGCCAUUUACAAACUCCAAUCACAUUGUGAAAAACUUUACUCACGCUGUCGCGUUAGAUGAGCACCGCGUCAAGUUCCGUGCAGGUCAUUGGACUCAGGAACAAGAGCAAGAGAAACGCUCAAACAAGGAUUCGUGGUUUCAUCACCGAGAGAAAAAGCACGACAUCAAAUUCGACCAUAGUGUGAACGAGCUCGAAGAUGACGACAAAGAUAGUCAACAUGAGGAGGAGGUUGAUCCAUGGGAAAAGAUUGAGAACAUGAGACAGGCGCUGUUUUCCAGAAUAGACGAGCUGCGUCAGCAAACUGCCAAAUCGCGUUUCAGCACUAAGCGUGUAGACCUGGACAGCAUUGACAGAACCAACCCUCAAAUCCAGAAUUUGUUGCAGCAAUUAUACAAGUUGCCUGUGCAACACGAUUCCUACGCCAGUGAUAAAGACGACGAAAUACGUGACAAUACGAAGGUCAAAGAAGUUUACUUCCUUGGCGCUCACGCGGAUGUCGGUGGUGGAGCGGUCUCGAACGAGACCAGAAAUGCAUUGCACAGAAUCUCACUGCGCUGGAUGUACAGGCAAUCUUUCAAAUCAGGUAGUGGGAUUCUGUUUCAUACGCACUUGCUCGAUUACUACGGAUUAGACCUUUCCACUCUUUAUCCGAUCGUCAAGCCUCGAAAAGAGGCGGCAUAUAAUGUCCCAGAAGGUUUCCCCCCGGAACCAAACAUGGAGAACGUGCCCGUCGAGCGCUACGACCGCUCUAAACUUUCAGAGGAGCACGAGGAUGUUUAUGAUUCUUUGACAUCUAUCAACGAUCAACUAGCUAUAGCUAAGAGCUGGUGGUUAUUAGAAGCCAUGCCUCAGAAGGAAUUUUAUCAAGACCAACAAUCAGGCGUACCAAAGAAGCGCUACGCUAUGAACAAGGGUAACUUUAGAGCCAUCAGAGGCAACAACAUCAAGUUUCACAGGACAGUGAACAUCCGCCAGGAGUUGCUCGGAUAUCAGAUCAGAGCGCGUAUGCAAGAUUCAUCGGAGGCACGAUGGGUUUAUUAG